AUAUGCUGGACUUCGUGUUUGCUGUUGAUGAUUCUGUGACCUGGCAUAUGAUGAACUUGUUAAAGAACAGGAGUCAUUAUUCCUUCCUAAAAGUUUUUGGGCCAAAACAGAUAAGUAGUAUACAGAGUUACGGAGCAGGGAUUUACUACAAUACAUUAGUGCCAUGUAAUGGUAGGAUGAUAAAAUACGGUGUAAUUAGCACUGAUGCCCUGAUUGAUGAUUUACUUCACUGGAAAACCCUCUAUGUUGCUGGACGCCUACAAAAACCGGUGAAAAUACUGACACAGAAUGAGAAUAGCAAGCUGCAAGCUGCUCUUGUUAGCAAUCUGAAGAGUGCAGUCACAGCAGCCUUUCUCAUGUUACCAGAAAGUUUCUCUGAAGAAGACCUCUAUAUGCAGAUUGCAGGACUCUCCUAUUCUGGUGAUUUCAGAAUGAUAAUAGGAGAAGACAGAUCGAAAGUGCAGAACAUAGUGAAACCUAAUGUUCUCCAUUUUCAGAAGCUGUACAGUAACAUAUUACAGGACUGCCCUCAAGUGGUAUACAAGCACCAUCUGGGAAGGCUAGAGAUUGAUAAAAGUCCAGAAGGUCAAUUUACACAACUAAUGGCCUUGCCAAGGACUCUGCAACAAAAGAUAACUUCUCUGGUAGACCCUCCUGGAAAAAACAGAGAUGUGGAAGAAAUUUUACUGCAAGUUGCCCAUGACCCUGACUGUGGAUUUGUGGUGCAUCAAGGCAUUUCAGGAAUUGUGAGAUCUUCCAGUAUAGUGCAGAGUGCUAAAACCAUACUAACAGCUGAUGUGACUCAUCACCCUGAGGGCUGCUUUAAGAAACCAGCUGGGCAAAGAAAUCUAUAACUUACAGUAUGAAGAAAUUAUAUAAAAUGACAAAGGGAUGGUUAAGGAAGACAUCUUGAGUCUUGACAUACUGUGUAUGGGUAAAUAAAUGGUACUUUCUCUCUGAAUAUUUUGCAGAUGUUGCUUUGCCUGCUUGAGAAGAUUAAAGUGCAUUUAAGAAGUCUGUUCUAAUAAUUUACAUGCCCAUUUUUACUACUAAAAUAGAAACUUUUGUUAGUGGGGGAAGAUUCUAUGGUAAUAGGGCAAAGGAAUUACACUGUGCAAGUACUGAAAUGAAUUUUCCUGUAUACUAUAGCUUAGAUUUUGAAACCCUGAGUGAAAAGGAUUGAUUGUAUGUAUGGAUUAAAAACUAAAGCCACUCAUUUUCUAUGUAUUGCUAGCUUUAUUUUCCAAAAUACCCCCAGGCUCUUUCUAAAUAUUCACUGUCACAAUUUUAGUUCUGUCGGGGACUUAUGGAACUGGAGAGUCCAUUGAGUUUUAAGGAGGUAUGAAACUGUCCUCUUGAAAUACAUUAUUUCUGCACUUACAAGUUCAUCCUUAGAAUUCUUCUGAAGAUGCUUACUGGGUGCUUCUGCAGGGUAGACUUCAUAAAAAAAGUAAAUUUUUUCUCAGAUGUGUGACGUUCUGAAUCCAACAAUUUUGACAAUGACUUUCAGUCUGGGAAAGUGUGUUUGAAAUGAGAAGCUUGUCAGGUAUCAGAUCCUUCCAUAAAAAUUGUUAUGUUCCUUUCAUGAGACUGAGAUGACAACUGCCCAACUCAUAGCUAAGCAUUGUCAAAAGUGUCACAGUUGGAAGGACAGUCAUACUUGCACUAACCUUCAGGACCUACUUCUGCAGAUUAAUGAAGUAUGUGGUGUUUGGCAGAAGAUUCUAUCUAAGUGCUUUGAAGUUGGAAGUUCUAUAAGCAAAAGUACUUAUUGUUUGAGUCUUUGAUUAUUAUUUUUUUUCCUGAAAAUACUGUCCACAAAGAUAAAACUUGUUCUCCUUUGCUUAAUUAAAUUAGCUAAACUAAAGAAAAUUGGACUUUUACAUAACAUGUUACAUUAAUCAUGCCAUUAAAGAAUGGACAUUUCUGACAGUAUUCAUGUGUGACACAAUAGAUUUGGAGCAUCUGUUGUAAAUUGAAUAUUUUUUGCACUGAGUCAGGUGGGUUUGCUAAUUUUGGAUGUUUUUCUUAAUAGAAAGAAAUUGAGAGAACACAUCAUUUUAUUUGUGAGAGUGCCAAUGAUAAAAAUAAUUUAAAGGUAAAAAAUGGAAAUAAAAUCUAUCUUUCCUGAUUUUUUUCUUGUGUAUUAUGUGAUCAGUAGGGCCAUCUCUCAAGCUAUAUUUGAUUU